AUGGGCGGAGGUGACAAGAUCAAGUCUAUUGCCAUCAUCGGUGCUGGCUCAGCUGGAGUAGUGACAGCUGCCGCGCUCAAAGCAGAGAACUACUUCGAUAUUAUUCAAGUCUUUGAAAGGAGGGAAAAACCUGGUGGGACUUGGAUCUACGACGCCGACCCUCAGCCUCCACUCCCGGUCCACCCAGGUAGCCUACCUACGGAGAUCGAUCCGAAAUUGAGUAUACCUGAGAGCUUGCCUCGCGCAUUACCCCCGUCUCAGCAAGAGAGAUACUCCAAGACGCCAGUAUAUAAUUCUUUGACGACCAAUGUACCCGAGAUUGCAAUGAGCUUCUCCGACGAAAGAUUUGCCUACGGCCCAUUUGUUCCGCACCAUAUUCCAAGGCAAUAUAUUGAGAGUUACAGCUCCAAGCAUAAGAUCGACUCUCACCUAGUACUCAACACGACGGUGGAGGAUGUCUCCAUACUCCCAUCGUCAUUGAAAGGGGGACCGGAAAGAUGGAAACUCACUCUACGAAAAUACGACUCAGCUCGCCAUAUUGACAUAUGGUGGGAGGAGUGUUUUGAUGCAGUGAUUCUUGCAAACGGGCACUAUUCCGUUCCAUAUGUCCCACAUGUAGAUGGCCUACAGGCCUUCAUCGAAAGGUAUCCUGGGCGUGUGGUUCAUUCGAAAUACUACCGGACGCCGCUUGUGUACUCCUCCCAGAAAAUCUUGAUCAUUGGGAAUUCAGCAUCGGGUCACGACUUAAGCCUGGAUCUGUUGUCGACGGCUGAUUUGCCUAUCUACAUUUCUAAGCGAUCAAAAGCACGCUGGGAAGGGAGCGAGCCACCACCAGGCAUUGUUUGGAAACCUAUCGUCAAAGAGUAUCGACUUGACGGUCGAAUAAUAUUUGUGGAUGGUACAUACCUUGAUGAUGUCGAUGCGAUCAUCUACUGUACAGGAUACAAGGCAUCAUACCCCUUUUGGAAUGACAAAAUCAAUGGGCGGCCGUUGUAUGAUUACGAUGCAGGCAAGCUGAUCAAGAGCUAUUGGCAUACGUUUUUCCAAGACUUCAAGACCCUUGCCAUAGUGGGCAUGCCUCGGGUACUGAGUUUCCGGAGCUGGGAAUACCAAGCAAUUGCUCUAGCACGACUAUUCUCAGGCCGCAACCACUUUCCGCUACCGCAGAAAGAAGAACAAGAGAAGUGGGAACGGGAGAGACAAGAGAUCACAGAAAGGGAGGGGAGAAAGUUCCACGACAUACAGUGGGAUACAGGUGAGACUAAACAAUGGCUUGAUGGGCUGUUCCAACUUGCUGGCCUGGGAACCUUGGUAGGCGAUGGAAGAAUCCCACCAGUGCUCAGCAAAGAACUGGUAUGGGCUCUCGAGCACAUCAAGAAGUAUCCGGAGCCGGAUGAUGCAGAUACAGAUGAUGAUGAGAAGGUGAUAGCCACCGCACCAAGUGGUGACACGGAUCAGAAUGGUCAGGACUGGGUUCUGGUCUCAAGAAAGCGUAAGGACUUGCUUGCAUUCAUUUAA